AUGAACCAAAAUAAACCAAACCAACAGCAUAUCCUACAGAGUCAAUCAAGAAUCAACAGAAUAAAUGAACUGUACAAAAAUAAAACUGCUUCGAAGACACAGGACAGUAAAGUAAAUGCAAGUAAGCAAAGUGCAGUAAAGAAUCCAUUUGUCUCCACACCGGUUUCCAAUGAUGAACCUUACGAAUCGAGUGAAUCCGAUAUGGAUGAAUUACAAUAUACGCCAAAAUUAAAAUCAAGAUAUAAUGUUAGGACCAAUAAUGCAUCCCCAUCGCCUACGGAGAAGGAUUCAUUAUUAUUCAAAGUGAAAGCAACAUCUAAACCAAGAGUACGAAAAACAUCGUCCACAAAAGUCAUAUUAGGUGAUCCACUGCCGUUACCUUACGAUACACACAGAAUAACGAAUAACAAAGGGGACGUUACAACAGUGGAUGGUAAACGUAAAUUAAUGGAGAGUAAGUGGCGUAAUUUAAUGGUAAACUCCAAGGAAAACGUGAGGUCUAAAUUCAAUGAACAAAGGUCGUUUUCAGAGGGAGGUAAGAAACCAAAAGAGAACCAAAGAAUAUCAUCAGUGAGAUUUAUGCCGGUAGCGAAUGAACAUACUACGUUACUAGAAUUAAAGAACAAACUCAUUGCUAACGGACAUAAAUUAGACUCUAUUAUUCAAGCAUUGAACUCUCAAGAGAAAAAACAGCAUCUAGAGCACACAAAGAACAUUAAGCCUUCAAAAUAUGAUUAUAAAGAAAUAGUAAAUAGUUUACUAUGGGCCAUUUGUAUUAUUAUUUUAACUAUUUGUAAUCUAUACGUAUAUAAAUAUUUGUAA